GCCCAGCAAAAACGGCGGAGGCAUCCAUCCGGCCUUCGCGACUUCUCUCUGUAGCUGUAGGCGCAGCCCCGCAACCCCAGGACCUGACCCUGACCUGACCAUACUCCUCUCCCUCCUUUUCCUGGCCGGGGCCUCGCCGCGCGAGGCGAUCUCAUCUACCUCGCCGCCGCCAUCACCGCCUCCGCCUCCUCGCAGGGUUUCGCUCCCGCGCCGUCGGGUGUGCUUACAUGGAGAACGGCGGCGUCGUCGGCGGGGGGCGCCCGGAGGAUCGGGCGGGCGAGAACGGCGGAGUCCCCGAGGCGGAGGAAUCCGCCGUGAAGACAGUGGCGGCGGAGGAGGAGGGCGGUGUUGACGUGGUGGUGGAGGGCGGGGACGAUGCGGUUGCGGCGCAGGAUGGUGACGGGGAUGAGGUUGGGGAAGAAAAUCGGGGCCCGGGAGGCGGUGCCGUGGAGUCGGGCGCGGCCGGGACGCCGCUGACCGGCGAUCACCAGCCAGUGGUGACGCCGAACACCAGAGUGGUGCUGGAGACCGGGCAGCGUGCCGCGGAGAAGUGGGAUGAGGCCAGUCCUCGUGCCGAGAUCGACAUCGAGGAAAGCAUUGCCAGUGAUGUGAAUCAGGAGAGUGCAGAUGAGAAUGCAAUGGGGCAAGCGAUCAGGGAGUAUGUGACUGCAGCUGUUUUGGCUGAUCGUACAAAGGGGAAGAGGUUAGAGAAGGACAUGAAAUCUUCAGCUGAGCCUGCUGUUGUCGUUGAGGAAUUGGACGGUUUGAGCUCCUCAGAUGAUGAGAAUACAGCUACCUCUGCACCUCCUGCACAAUCCACAAGCAGUAGUUCUACUCCUGCACAAUCUAAUAGCGCUGUUUCUGGUCGUUCCAAUGGUCCCUCGUUGCCAUCUCGUCCUGCUGGGCUUGGUUCGUCAUCUUCCUUGUUGCAGCCUCCUGCUCGUCCUGUUCAACAGGUCCGCUUCAAUGGAUCCGCCUCUUUGGCUACUGAGUCUGCUGAGGAUGAUGGAGAUGGGAAUGAUGAAAUUCAUGAGAAGCUUCAGAUGAUCCGGGUUAAGUUUUUACGUCUUGCUCACAGGUUCGGGCAAACGCCUCAUAAUAUGGUUGUUUCACAGGUUCUGUACCGCCUUGGACUGGCAGAACAACUUAGAAGAACGACUGCUAAUGGGUCAUUUAGCUUUGACCGGGCAAGAGAGAUGGCAGAACGUCUUGAAGCUGCUGGAAAUGAGCCCCUUGAUUUUUCAUGCACCAUCUUGGUUCUUGGUAAAACUGGGGUUGGUAAGAGUGCUACCAUUAAUUCGAUUUUUGAUGAUACCAGGUUGGAUACAAAUGCUUUUGAUUUCAGUACUAGAAAGGUUCAAGAAGUGGUUGGUACAGUUGAGGGAAUCAGAGUAAAAGUGAUUGAUACACCUGGACUUUCAUGCUCAUCUUUAGAACAACACCACAACCAGAAGGUUCUCAACUCUGUGAAGAGGCUUAUUAGCAAAAACCCUCCCGAUAUUGUUCUUUAUUUUGACAGAUUGGAUAUGCAGAGCAGGGACAAUGGUGAUGUCCCUCUGUUGCAAACCAUCACAAAAGUGUUUGGAGCAUCAGUCUGGUUCAAUGCCAUUGUCGUGCUAACUCAUGCUGCAUCUGCACCACCAGAUGGGCUUAAUGGAAUUCCUCUGAGCUAUGAGAUGUUUGUCACCCAGAGGUCUCAUGUAGUGCAGCAAGCUAUAAGGCAAGCUGCUGGUGAUAUCCGUCUUAUGAAUCCAGUAUCCCUGGUGGAAAAUCACGCAGCGUGCAGGACAAACAGGGCUGGACAGCGGGUUUUACCAAAUGGACAGGUCUGGAAGCCACAGCUGCUGCUUCUUUGUUUUGCUUCGAAGGUAUUAGCAGAGGCUAAUGUACUCCUCAAGUUGCAGGAUAGUAAUCCAGUUGGUAAACUUUCUCGUACGAGGAUUCCUCCGCUGCCUUUCCUCCUCUCUUCCCUUCUUCAGUCUCGGGCCCCACUGAAGUUACCAGAGGAGCAGUUUGGUGAUGAUGAUGAUCUUGAAGAUGAUUCAGCAGAUGAUUGUGAUUCAGAUGAUGAUUCAGAUUAUGACGAUUUGCCUCCUUUCAAGCGCCUCACAAAAGCUCAGCUUUCCAAGCUGAAUAAGGCACAGCAGAAGGCAUAUCUUGAGGAGUUAGAUUACAGAGAGAAGUUGUUCUACAGAAAACAGCUGAAAGAGGAAAGGAUGCGGCGUAAGUUGAUGAAGAAAAUGGCGGCAGAAGCCAGCACUCGAGCAAAUGAUUUUAACAACAGCAACUCCGAAGAUGAUCCUAAUACUCCAACCAAUGUUGCAGUGCCUAUGCCUGACAUGGUACUGCCCUCAUCUUUUGAUUCAGAUAAUCCUAGCCAUCGUUAUCGUUUUCUGGAUACACCAAGUGAAUGGCUUGUGAGACCUGUGUUGGAAACCCAGGGUUGGGACCAUGAUGUUGGUUAUGAGGGACUUAAUGUCGAAAGAUUGUUUGCUGUCAAAGGGAAAGUUCCUCUGUCCAUAUCUGGGCAACUAACAAAGGACAAGAAGGAUUGCUCUAUGCAAAUGGAGGUUGCAAGUUCAGUUAAGCAUGCUGAGGGAAAAACUACUUCACUUGGUCUUGAUUUGCAGUCUGUUGGCAAGGAUAUGGCAUACACAAUUCGUGGCGAGUCAAGAUUUAAGAACUUUAGGCGCAACAACACAGCUGCUGGGAUAUCUGCUACGCUCCUUGGGGAUUCCGUAUCAGCUGGUGUGAAGAUUGAAGACAAACUGAUAGUGAAUAAGCAGCUCAGGGUCCUGGUAGGCGGUGGCGCCAUGAGUGGGAGGGGUGACGUGGCCUAUGGAGGCCGCCUCGAAGCAACUUUGAGGGACAAAGAUUACCCAAUCGGGCGGAUGCUUUCCACACUUGCAUUAUCUGUUGUGGAUUGGCAUGGGGAUCUGGCGAUCGGCUGCAACAUCCAGUCUCAGAUCCCUGCUGGAAGAGCUAGCAACUUGGUUGGGCAUGCGAAUCUAAGCAACAAGGGGACUGGCCAAGUCGGCAUUCGCCUGAACAGCUCGGAGCAUCUUGAGCUUGCGCUUGUUGCCCUGGUGCCUAUAUUCCAGAACAUCAGAAAGCUGUUACAGAACUACUCUGAAUCUACUUAGUAUUUGAUUUACAUAUAGGCCUGAAAAAGACAGUGAGAGCGUCAUAGGGCAACUCUAGCAUAAAUUAGAACUUUCUAUUUAUUUUGUUCUUUCGUUGGCAACUUUGUAACUAUGCUUUCUUCUGGGCUCGUUUUUGGUGAAAAUUGCAGCAUAACACAUCAAUGCAACAUUGAGCUCUUUCUGGUGAAGCUGGAUUGCAAAAUUCAUCCUUCUACUUUGCCAGAUUUCGUCGGCUUAUUACUGUUAUCUAACAUCUGAAUCACAGUUGCAGGUUGCUGUUCUAGUUU